AUGCCUCGCGUUUGGUUCAUAACCGGCAGCUCUCGCGGCCUGGGACGCUGUAUAGCCGAGGCAGCACUGGAAUGCGGGGACGCCAUCAUCGCCACUGCUCGCAGCCCUGAGCAGCUCGCCGAUCUGACAGAAAGAUACGGUGACGAGAGAGUCCUCACUCUGCCCCUCGAUGUGACCGACAACGAGAAAGUCAUCCAAGCCGUCCAUGCCGGACACCUGAAGUUCGGCCGCAUCGACAUCGUCAUCAACAAUGCCGGAUACGCCAACACCGCCGCAGUUGAGGACAUGAGUAUCCUCGACUUCUGCGCACAGGUCGACGCCAACUUCUUCGGGGUCGUGUACGUUUCCAAGGCGGUGUUGCCGAUCCUCCGCCUACAAGGGUCGGGGCAUAUCUUCCAAGUCUCCUCUCUGGGCGGACGCAUCGGAGCUCCCGGGCUCUCGGCCUACCAGUCUGCUAAAUGGGCCGUGGGCGGAUUUUCUACCGUCCUGGCUCAGGAGCUUGCGCCGUUCGGGGUCAAAGUCACCGUUCUUGAACCGGGUGGCAUCAGGACUGACUGGGCGGGAUCGUCCAUGACGAUCCCUCAGGUCAGCGAACCAUACCAGGCGACCGUGGGCACGUUUGCGGAGUAUCUUCGCAAGUCAUCGGGUAGCGAGCCCUCGUUGCCCGGUCGGAUUGCAGAUAUCAUUGUGAAAAUUGCCGCGCAGGAGGAGCCUCCGUUGCGUCUGUUGGUUGGUCCUGAUGCGGUGGAAUAUGCUGGCCAAGCAGCGGAGGCUCUAGCAGCGUCAGAUGAGAAGUGGAGGGAUGUGAGUCUUGCGUCGGUUUGA